AUGGAAUCGGUCCAACAGAUUUGGUGUUCCAUAAAAUAUUGGGUAUCUCGGAUUGCUUUAAAGCUCAAGGAUGUUAAUUUGCUUACUCUGUGUGAUGAAGGUGUUUUACAAGGUUUCAAUAUGCCAUUAAAUGUCAUGAGGAAGGAGUUUAUUUUUCCCGUCAAGUGGAAGCUUCCUAAGCAAGGUUGGGUUAAAUUGAACAUAGAUGGUUGUUCUUUUGGUAAUCCGGGUCCUUUGGGUGUGGGAUGCAUUAUUCGGGAUGAUAAAGGUGAUUUGCUUUGCGGUUUUGCUACAACCACUGGGCACAAUUCUAACAACUAUGCAGAGUUGAUGGGUUUACUUCAUGGGCUUUGGCACAUUGGCUUGUUGGGUGUUUUUUGUGUGGUUAUUGAACUUGACUCCAUGUUAGUGCUUAACUGGUUGAGGAAUCAGAGAUGUGGCUUGUGGUACAUGGAAGAUUAUUGGGAUGAAAUCCAAAGUCGAAUAGCUGGGCUUAAUGUUUCUUUUGUUCACUGCUAUAGAGAAUGUAACUCGGUUGCUAAUGGGAUUGCUAAAGUGGGUGCUAAGGGUCAAUCUAGCUCUCGGUUUUCUUUACUAGAGCUGCCUGCUCCCAUUAGAGGUUUUUUCUUGCAAGAAAAUAUGAUAUCUCUUAAGAAAACUGCUAUGGAUCUAAUUGAUGAAUCAUCUGUUAAUGAUGCUCAGAUCAUUUCUCAAGCUAUUGGAUCACGUUUUGGAUAUUUGAAGGGCCUAGGAUGUUGCGUGAAACCAUCAUCAACAUCAUCAUCCUCUUCUCGAGCCAAAUCGAAUGACGAUAAGACUAAGGAAUUGGAGAAAACAACACUUGAGAUAGAACGAUUUAGGUCCAAGGGAAAAUAA